AUGCUUGCCUUUGAACUGGUUAGAGGCUAUAACAGGAAAGGUGGCACCCCUAGAAGCAUGCUCCAAAUAGACCUGCAAAAGGCCUAUGAUAUGGUUGACUGGUCUUCUUUGGAAACUGUGUUGAAGGAGCUAGGCUUUCCCAUGAAAUUCAUAAAUUGGAUUAUGCUGGGAACUUCCACUGUGAGCUAUAGAUUCAAUGUAAAUGGAGAAUAUACUCAGAAGAUGACAAAGAAUACUGAUUUCAGAUUUCAUAGCAAAUGCCAAAAACUUAGACUGACUCACUUAACAUUUGCUGAUGAUGUACUGUUGUUUAGUAGAGGAGAUGAUACUUCUCUAAGGAAGAUGCUCAUUGCCUUUAAUAGCUUUUCUGAAUCCACAGGUCUUGUUGUGAAUCCCAAUAAAUGUAAGGCCUUCUAUGGUGGAAUGGAUACUAACAUGAAAAAUCAGGCUGGGAUUAUUACUGGAUUUGCAGAACAAUAA